CAAUCAAACUCCAUCAUUACAUUAUUCAACAAAUUUCAUCACAAACCAUAAAGUUAGUCGGCACAAAAUUUCAACCGUCCGAUCAAAAAACACAUCUUUACAACUCAUUUCAUUCAAAGCAACCGUUACUAUAUCUUUCUUCACUCUCUCUAUUAAGUAAAGAAGAAGAAUAUACUUUACUCAGCAAUGACCGUCGCCACCAAGAAGAUCAUGAAGUUUGGUCUCUCACUUUUCAGGAGAGGCUUUAAUUCUUCAAAAUGUAAAACAGCUGCUAAAAUGGCUGUGGCUAGGAUUAAGCUGCUGAAGAAUAAGAGACAGGUUGUGGUUAAGCAAAUGAGGCGUGACAUUGCUUUGCUCCUUCAGUCUGGUCAAGAUGCCACUGCUCGAAUUAGGGUUGAACAUGUGAUGAGAGAACAGAAUAUAUUGGCUGCAAACGAGUUCAUUGAGCUCUUUUGUGAGUUGAUUGUGUCAAGACUUUCUAUAAUUGCAAAGCAAAGAGAAUGCCCCGCUGACCUGAAAGAAGGCAUCUCUAGUUUAAUAUUUGCUGCCCCGAGGUGCUCGGAAAUUCCAGAACUUGUAGCUAUCAGGGAUGUUUUUGAGAAGAAGUAUGGAAAAGAUUUCGUAUCGGCUGCUACUGAUCUACGACCCAGCUGUGGUGUGAAUCGUUUGCUCAUUGACAAGCUUUCUGUUAGAACACCCACUGGUGAAUCGAAAUUAAAAAUCUUGAAGGAAAUAGCGAAAGAAUACCAGAUUGAAUGGGACACAACAGAAACCGAACAGGAACUUCUCAAGCCUCCAGAAGAGCUUAUAGAAGGACCGCGCAAUUUUGUUAGUGCUACAAGCUUCCCCGUGACACCCAAGCCAAACCAAUCCGUUGAGCUUAACAAUUCAACCACAAGCUCAUCUUUACCGAUGGGGGGAACAAUUGGUGACAACAACUGUGGGGGUGGUGGUGGUGGCAACAAGCAUUUCGUGGACUCGGCCUCUGCUGCUAAAGAAGCUGCAAAAUGCGCUAAUGAAGCAAUUGCCGCUGCCAAUGCUGCUGCUUUCCUUGCCAACAAAGACCCGAAUCAUGCAUCAUCUUUUGACCGUCGUAAGUCCAACAGUUCAAGCAUCAAUGCUGGAUAUCAAACCACAUCCGGUGCUUCUUCUACUGAUCGAUUCAUUCCAGAUGGCCCACCUUCCCCGAUCAACUCUCAAUACACGGAUAAUCAAUACAAAAGAUCUUCAGAAACCAGGAGAUAUGAUUCUCAUUAUCCAAGCAAUGAGGAGACUGGCCAUAAUUCAGGAGCUAGGAGAUAUGUAUCUCAGAGUUACAAUGGAUCUGAUUCUUCUCAUUAUCCAAGCAAUGAAGACACAAGCUUUAACAACAACAACAACAACAACAACAUGGAGAGUAGAAAAAUGUAUAGGAGGCAUAGCAGCUACAAUGCUCCAUCUGCACAAUCAGACAUAAAGUUUGAUCAAUCAGACAGCGAGGAAGAAUUCGAAGAGGAGCGUGGCAAUGGCAGCGGUGGUGGCAGCUUUGGCAUUCUACCACCUGACAGGCUCCCGCCACCAGUACCAUCAUCUGAAAUGCUAAAGCAGGAUUCACCAGCUCAUUCUGUCCAUCCGAAACUGCCUGAUUACGAUGCACUCGCUGCUCGUUUUGAAGCUCUCAAACAUCACCGCAAUUCACUACCUUGAAGAACAUUUUGUCCAUCUCUUGUUUCCUGAAUUAUAUUAUAUACAUACAUAUACUAUGAUACUAUAAUGAAUGAAUGUCCUAGGAAGAAAGUACUUACAAUUCUUAUUCUUUUGUCAAAGUUGGUGUUUUUUUUUAUUAACAUUGUAAUGCAAAGAUGUGGAAAACAAAAGUGGUGUUGUGGUUGGCUGGUUGAAUAAUAGAUAAUAUAAUAUAAAUACAUUAAUAAUAAUACUUUGUUCUGUUUU